UUAAACAAAUCUGUUCCCUCAAGUCCGUUCAAAACCAACUAAACUGAACCUAGACUCCUUUACGACCCAAUUCAUAGUCCCCACCUUUUAUCCUCUCUCUCUCCUCCCUCCCUUCACAUUCGCCAUUGAAAAACUGCCCCUGAACCCCAAAUUCUCCAGUAUUCAAGUUUUAGAGUAGAAAUAAAGCAUAAAUCUACCUUUAACGAAGCUUUCGUCAACUGUUUUUGGAGAGAGAAAAAAGAAAAUUCUAGUGAAAUGAAGGGAGGGAAACGAGAGAAGAAUGAAGAAGCUGUUGAGGCUGCUUCUGUUGCGUAUCAUGUGCUUCAUAAGCUUCCUUCUGGUGAUAGUCCGUAUGUCAGAGCCAAACAUCUUCAGCUGGUGGAAAAGGAUCCAAAUGGAGCAAUAGUCGAGUUUUGGAAGGCAAUAAAUAUGGGUGAUAGAGUUGAUAGUGCUUUAAAAGACAUGGCAGUUGUUAUGAAACAACAAGAUAGAGCUGAAGAAGCAAUUGAACUUAUUAGAUCCUUUAGAGAACGUUGCUCUAAACAAGCCCAAGAAUCACUAGACAAUGUUCUAAUCGACUUAUACAAGAAAUGUGGGAAAUUAGAGGAACAAAUCGAGCUUUUGAAACAGAAGCUUCGGAUGAUUUAUCAAGGAGAAGCCUUCAAUGGAAAACCCACAAAAACCGCACGUUCCCAUGGAAGGAAAUUUCAAGUUACAGUCAAACAAGAGACAUCAAGAAUACUGGGUAACUUAGGGUGGGCGUACUUACAGCUAAAAAAUUUCCCAGCAGCAGAAGCAGUAUAUCGUAAAGCUCAAGAGAUAGACCCAGACGCCAACAAGGCAUGCAAUCUGUGCCUUUGUUUAGUGAAACAAGGUAGAUAUAAAGAGGCAAACACGGUUCUUUUAGAAGUGAUGGAAGGUAAACUUUUGGGGUCGAAUGACCCCAAGUUACUGAACCGGACUAAUGAGUUGGUUCAGGAGCUAGAGCCAUGGCGGCUAGCUCAGGUGCACCCUGGUCCGGACCAGGGUGUGGUGAGUUUGGAGGAUGCUUUUAUUGAGGGGCUUGACCAGUUAAUAAACCAAUGGACUCCAUCGAGAUCAAGGAGACUUUCGGUGUUCGAAGAGAUAUCGACAUAUAGAGAUCAAUUAGCUUGUUGAUCGAUUAUGAUUGUGUGGUUAGGGGCCAAUAACUCAAUGGUUGUUGAGAUAAAUGGAUAUAUAAAUAUAUAACAUGUAUAGACCAAUAAUCGAUCUUUGUACU